AUGAACAACGGUUGCUGCUCAAAAUGUCAGGCUAAAUCAAAGAAGAUGAAGAAAUCGAAGAAACUCAAAGAGGAGUCUGAUGAAGAGGAUGUGGAACAAAAACAGAAACUUCCAGAGAACGAGAAUCCGGAAACAGAUUCAAAUGAGGAAAAAGAAUCUCAUGGAACUUCAGACCAGAAGGAUAAGAAGGAGAAGAACAUCGUUACAUGGCGACACACAAGUACAAAGAAAGAGAAGGGUCAUGGUAAAAACUUGUCAAGCCCGAAUAAUAAUGGCGUUAAACCGCCUUGUUACACCGCUAGGUCGAUGAUGUACCAUGGUGGGCCUAAUCCUUCAAACCGGUGGCGCAUAUCCGUACCCCCGAGAGGCUGUUAUCGACCGUAUGGUGGUGGUCCAUUUCAGCCAUUCCAAUCCGGUGGUGGUGGUGGUGGUCCAUUUCAGCCGUACCAAUCUAUGGCUCCAGCCACAAUGUAUAACGGUGCUCACAUUUCACCAUAUCCGCCUAUGGCUGCACCUGUUUUCCCUCCCAAUUGGCAAACCAGACCGUUCAUGGAUACUAAUCCUAUGACGCGUUACACUAGCUACUUAGACAAUUACUCAUUUUUCUGUAAUUAG